GCGUCCUCCUCUGUGCCUGCGCGCCUGUCUGUGAGCGCGCAGGACCCGUCCCUACAGCAGAGCAGCUCAUCCAUCCUGCAGAGUGAGGAGCCACAGAAAGGGAGAGAGAGAGAGAGAGAAGAUGGACGGAGUGGGAUCGUUCGGAGCGGGCCGAACCGGGUCCACUAUCGACCCGAUUAGCUUCGCCAAACAGCCGCAGACCAUCCUCAGAGUGCUGUCCUGGAUAUUUUCCCUGGUGGUCUUCGCCUCCAUCGUGAACGAGGGCUAUGUCAACAUGGGCAGCGAGCGUCUCCACUGCAUCUUCAAUAAGAACGCAGACGCCUGCAACUACGGCGUGUUCGUGGGCCUGGUGGGGCUGCUGGCCUGCUCCUUCUUCUUCUUGCUCGACUACAAGUUCGCCUCCAUCAGCUCCGUCAAGGACAGGAAGAAGGCCAUCAUGGUUGAGAUCGGAUUCUCAGGUUUCUGGGCCUUCCUGUACUUUGUAAGUUUCUGCUUCCUGGCCAAUCAGUGGUCUCAAACCACGGCUGACGAGCUGCCACUCAACCAGGGGGCGGACGCAGCCCGGGCAGCCAUCGCCUUCUCCUUCUUCUCCAUAAUCACCUGGGCCGGUCUCACAGUCCGUGCAGUCCAGAAGUAUCUGCUCGGCACAGACAUGACUCUGUUCACCACGGAGCACAUGGACGGCGGCGCCCCCACCCAGCCGUACCCCUCCAACUCACCGGUGGGCGAAACCACCGAGACCUCAGAGACCUACCAGAGCCCGCCGUUCACCGAGAACAACGCAGCGCCCACAUACCAGGUUCCCAUUUACUAGAUAAGGAACACCUGAUGGAGGAAGAGUAGCUUCAGGGGUGAGGGAUACGAAGAAAGUGAUAUGAAAUUCGCUUUCUGUGAUGUUACACCUGCAGUUGUGUAUGUGUUUAUCUGGGCUGAGUUUUCAGUAAUUGUUGGAGAGAAAAAAACGGCCUUUCCUCCUUUGUUCCUUCUUCUUGCUCACUUUUCUUUCCUUAAACACAUUCCAGCUUUAUCUGAAGUCUUUUUGAAGUGUGUGUUAAACUUUGCAAAUCAGAGCAGAACAACAAGAUGAAGAGAUGAAGGGAUCAACACGUGAGUGACUCCACCACAAAGCAGUAUUAGAUCAAACAUUUUUGCAGAAACACUCACAUAGCACCUUCAUCCUUUUGUUUAGCUUACAGUACGGUCUGGUCUUUCCUUCCUCUUUCCCUGCUGCAGUUAACAGUAACCCUGUGUGUUCAAUCUGCAUGUAUCUUAAAUUAGAAAUCAACUAAGUGCCAUACUGUACUGUGCGUCUCAGACAGUGACUUCAUUUAGUAGAUUUCCACAUGCUGUAAAAAAACAACGACGAUGUUUUGUGACUAAGUGCAAUAUCUCACAUCUUAUCUGUAGGUAGGUAUAUACUGUACUGUAGGUAGACUAGUUACGUCAUUAGACCAAUGAUAGGCACUGUCUCCAAUUACAUACUGGUACUUGAAUUGUACAAAAACAUACAAAACAACAAAUGCGGUAAAAAUCCCCCCAUAAAGACACACGAAGGGACCACAAAGAGAUUUAAAACAACGACGAUACACAAAACAACUCCAAAGAUAUAUAAAAAAAACUACAAAGAAACAUUAAAAGACUCAAAAAACAACCAUACAAAUAAACAAAAUAACUACAAAGAGUUGGAAAACUACCACAAGACGACAGAGACAUUAAACAACCAUAAACAAGACUACAAAGAAACACAAAACGAUCAUUAAAAUACCCAAACAACUACAAUAAAGUAAUAAAAAACAGCUACUAGACUACAAAGAGACCAUAAAAAAGACUUAAAACAACUACAAGAUAUAGUAAAAGCUACAAAGACACACAAUGACUUUAAAGAGACACACAACUAUUAUUAAAAGACUACAGAGACAUUAAACAACCAUAACAAAGACUUAAAACAACUACAAAGAUAUCCCAUGGUACCAGGGACUGUGAUUUGAGACAGUGUCAUAUGUCGGGUGUUGUGUGUGUGUGUGUGUGUGUGUGUGUGUGUAUAAAUCGGGGCGAGUUGGGGGGAUUCUGGGUAAGUCAGGUCUGUUUAUGUUUACGUUUUAGAAGCUGCCAAACUGCCCUGUGUUAUUAUCGCUAACUACCAUGUCGUUGAUGUCUAUAGGAAUGUAAUCACAAAGCAGGAUGGGCUUUUAUUUUGGCGGGGUUCAGUCAGUGCAGUCUCAGGCUAAAAGAAAAAAGUGUGUGUGUGGGAGGUUAAGGAUCGCUAGCUGGCUAAUUUACUGAUCCUGCUAUCCUGCCAUUGAGGAAAGAGGGAGGGUCUGGAUUUGUUGCCAUGGUGACAGGGUUGGGUGGACGUUGGGCCCUGAUGUAGAUAGUAACCAUGCCAACCAUGUCGGUGUGUGUGUGUCUGUGUCGUGGUUCACUCGCCAAUCUGUAGUGUGUGUGUGUGUGGUGUGCAUCCACGUGCAACAACAUGUGCACGUGUGUUAGCAUGCAUUAGAGUGUGGUGUGUGUGACAAGUGUGAGUGUGUAGUUAAUUAGAUUUUGUGGUGCAGAAAAAGUUAUUUUCUUGAACAUGUGUGUGUGUGUCAAAGUUUUAGUGCAGAGGAGGAAACCAUAAGUCUGUUACACACAUUUAAUCAUUUCCCCAAAAUAAAGGUAGUCCUUCUGCUAGAUAGAUAUAUUAUCAGUGUCACUGUCAAGGUGUGUGAGUUACAAAGUGUGUGUUUUUUUUUAAUGAAAAGAGCCAAAUAUAAAACGAUAUGAUGUAAUUGACCUGCAGAGCGCACAACUGGGGUUUGCAGUUAUAAUCAUGAUACUAAUGCAUGAAGUUGUUGUAUAGAUCUCAUUAUAUAUUGAAUACUAUGUCAUUCUUAGGUUGGUUUGCAAAAGUGAGAAUCGCACGCCUUCAGUGCAGCCGGCAGGAUUCCUUUUUUGUGUUAAAAUAAUCACAGUUCAGAAUUGUGACCACACAGCUCUUCGUUUAUUCAGUGACGUUACGUAAACCUCAUGAUCUCGUUGGUCACACGUACACUUUGAGCUCCAGGGUGAAACUGUACUAGAAUACUGACUGAAACUCAUAUUUCCUGCAGCCAUGAACCUAACUUAGUAGGGCAACAAACGACUCAAAGUUCAGGCUCCGUUUUCUACAUGUAAUCCAAAUAAGUGUACACUCGUAGAAAAGGCUACUCUACACCAACGUGUGCCAACAAAGAACAGGCUCUCAGAUUAAGCCCCAAAAAUGUACACUGAUAAAAAGAGUUAUCGACAAAAUAAAUGAUAAUCAAACAUUAUAAAGUAACGAUGCAGAGUACAGAUGUGGUCCUAAGGAAAAUGGAUGAGGCAAAUAUGUGUUUGUUCUAGGUAAUAAGGGUUUAAUAAUUAGUCAUUAAGAUUGACCUGUGAGCAGGUGUUCUGGAAAGGGUGCAAAUUAAAGUCUUAUUAUCCUUUUAUCUUCAAUAUUAGAACCAAUUACUCCCUGAAGUUUUUAGAAGAACACAUAGUUAAGCGAGUACACGUUAUAAAUGAAAAUACAUCAAUUAAGUACACAUUAGUAUUUCCUUUUAUAUUGUUUUAGGAAAUGGUGCAACAUUGAAGUUUCCUACAAUAUGUUUCAACAUUACAACUCCCUUUUUAAGCAGCUAUUAGCCUUGUUUUUUCCCUCAAAUAUACGCUGCUCAAACGUCAAAAUAAUGAAACUCUGACACAACAUUAAAGUUAUAAUCCUUCAAGCAUGAACAUAUAUGCUAAUAAACGAUUUACAGUUCUUUCAAUCUUCCGUAUAACCUGUUAACUGUGGUCAGGUGAGACUGGGGGUUUCAGGUAACACCAUUACGUAGUUGGGGGUACCGUCAGGUCAGGAUGUGAUAUUCUUCAGUGCUUUAGUCUCUUCAGUCAGUGUGUUAGAUAAAAAAAAUAACGGCAGCAUUCUCUAUGUUUUGUGCUCUGGCCCAUGUACACUACCGUGGUAUUGGUUGAUUGUAAAAUUCAGUACGUUAUUGAAGUAAAUGGAACCUGUGUGUGACGCUGUCUAGGGUAUGGUUUUUCCUGUACUAAUAAAAAAAUCUAAAAACAAUAUUAAUGAUUAUUUAUGAACUAGAAGGCACUCUUUGUUGGAAAUACUUUGACCACUCUUGAAAGCGCCAAAAUCAGAGUUUUAUGUGCUGUCGUUUCUGUUGGACUGAGGUUUUAAAAAGGUUAUGAUCUGUAGUAACGCGGGUGCCAUCAGUUGUGUGGUUUCCAGUACAAUACAUUGCAUGGAUGUUACAAUAUCUCCCCCACAUUAUAUUGAUAAUACAAAUGUACCCCCCCCCACAUUGAUCAACAGAUAAGUAAACAUUGAUUUUUGUAGCGUGCUCCCCCCUUAAACAGGUGUUUGACCUCUUCAGUGUAAAGCGCUGUGUACAGAUGUGUGUCACUGUCUAUUGCCUGAAUGUCUCUGGACUGCAGUCUGACCGUCACUCGAAUAAAAAAGAAAACAUGU